AUACAUUCAUACAACGCAGCCGCAAAAAUGCCCUUCGUCGAAGUCAACACCCACAAACUCCACUACGCCGACUCCCACCCCGAUGGCGCUCCCUCAAACGGCCUUACCUUCAUCUUCAUCCAUGGCCUCGGUUCCUCCCAGAACUUCUACCACCCCGUGAUCCCCUACCUGACCCCCAAACACCGCUGCAUCACCCUUGACACCUACGGCGCCGCACGCUCCGAAUACACCGGCCAGCCCAUCUCCAUCGGGUCCAUUGUGCAGGAUGUAGUCUCCUUGCUGGAUAAGUUCCAAGUUCCCCAAGCUGUGGUUGUCGGUCACUCAAUGGGCGGACUCGUCGUGACGCUGCUGGGUGCGAAAUAUGCAGAUCGCGUUAAGGGUGUUAUUGCGAUUGGACCGACGCACCCGUCAGAGACGCUGGUGAACGUUAUGACGAAGAGAGCGGAAACCGUCUCACAAUCCGGAAUGGAACCAAUGGCCAACACAAUCCCCUUUGGCGCAACCGGCACCAGCGCCUCCGCCCUCUCCAAAUCCUUCAUCCGCGAACUCAUCCUAAACCAAAACCCCAAAGGCUACGCCGCGCUCUGCAACGCCAUCGCCUCCGCCCCGGCCAUCGAUUACUCCGCCAUCAACAAGCCUUUCUUACUGAUCGCAGGUGAAGAGGAUAAGUCUGCUUCACUGGAUGGGUGUCAGUUUAUUUUUGAUAAUGUGCAGGGGAAGGAGAAGCGGAUGGAGGUGCUUGCGGGGGUUGGGCAUUGGCAUUGUGUUGAGGCGCCGGAUCAGCUUGGGAGGGCGGUUUUGGAUUUUGUGGAGCAUGGUUUGUAGGUAUGUUUAUGGGGGGGGGUUCUUUAUGAGCAUAUUUGAAUACCAAUUGGAGUGAUCCUUUUAGUUCAUCUGGCGCCAUAUAGAGACAUUGUGUAUGGUGAUUUGCAAGCCGCGAAGAUCAUUGAUACAGAACAAGUACUAUGAUAAACAUGUCGGAGGUGACGAAGGCUAAUACCAAUUAAUUU